UGUGGGAUAGUUGGCGGGUGGUUGAGCAGAGCCGGUCGCCAUGUCCGCGGGGAGCGCGACACAUCCUGGAGCCGGCGGGCGCCGCAGCAAAUGGGACCAACCAGCUCCAGCCCCCCUUCUCUUCCUCCCACCGGCGGUCCCAGGUGGGGAGGUGACCAGCAGUGGGGGGAGUCCUGGGGGCACCACCGCUGCUCCCUCUGGAGCCUUAGAUGCUGCUGCCGCUGUGGCUGCCAAGAUCAAUGCCAUGCUCAUGGCCAAAGGGAAGCUGAAACCAACUCAGAAUGCUGCUGAGAAGCUUCAGGCCCCUGGAAAAGGCUUAACGAGCAGUAAAAGCAAGGAUGACCUGGUGGUAGCUGAAGUAGAGAUCAAUGAUGUGCCUCUCACAUGUAGGAACUUGCUGACUCGAGGACAAACUCAAGACGAGAUCAGCCGACUUAGUGGGGCUGCAGUGUCAACUCGAGGGAGGUUCAUGACCACUGAGGAGAAGGCCAAAGUAGGACCAGGGGAUCGUCCAUUAUAUCUUCAUGUUCAGGGCCAAACACGGGAAUUAGUGGACAGAGCUGUAAACCGAAUCAAAGAAAUUAUUACCAAUGGGGUGGUGAAAGCUGCCACGGGGACAAGUCCAACUUUUAAUGGUGCGACGGUCACUGUCUAUCACCAACCAGCGCCCAUUACGCAGCUGUCUCCAGCUGUUAGCCAGAAGCCUCCCUUCCAGUCAGGGAUGCAUUAUGUUCAAGAUAAAUUAUUCGUGGGUCUGGAACAUGCUGUGCCCACUUUUAAUGUCAAAGAGAAAGUGGAAGGUCCAGGCUGCUCCUAUUUGCAGCACAUUCAGAUCGAAACGGGUGCCAAAGUCUUUCUACGAGGCAAGGGUUCAGGGUGCAUUGAGCCAGCAUCUGGCCGAGAAGCUUUUGAACCUAUGUAUAUUUACAUCAGUCAUCCCAAACCAGAAGGCCUCGCUGCUGCCAAGAAGCUCUGUGAGAAUCUCUUGCAAACAGUUCAUGCCGAAUACUCUAGAUUUGUGAAUCAGAUUAAUACUGCUGUACCUUUACCAGGCUAUACACAACCCUCUGCUAUAAGUAGUGUCCCUCCUCAACCACCAUAUUAUCCAUCCAAUGGCUAUCAGUCUGGUUACCCUGUUGUUCCCCCUCCUCAGCAGCCAAUUCAGCCUCCCUAUGGAGUUCCAAGCAUAGUGCCACCAGCUGUUUCAUUGGCACCUGGAGUCUUGCCAGCAUUACCUACUGGAGUCCCACCUGUGCCUACACAAUACCCGAUAACACAAGUGCAGCCUCCAGCUAGCACUGGACAGAGUCCGAUGAGUGGGCCUUUUAUUCCUGCUACUCCUGUCAAACCUGCCUUGCCUGCCGGCCCCCAGCCCCCACCCCAGCCCCAGCCCCAGCCCCAGCCCCAGGCCCCACUCUCAACUCAAACCCAGGCACAGAAGAGGAGAUUCACGGAGGAGCUACCAGAUGAACGAGAAUCUGGACUUCUUGGAUACCAGCAUGGACCCAUUCAUAUGACUAAUUUAGGUACAGGCUUCUCCAGUCAGAAUGAGAUUGAAGGUGCAGGAUCGAAGGCGGCAAGUUCCUCAGGCAAAGAGCGAGAGAGGGACAGGCAGUUGAUGCCUCCACCAGCCUUUCCAGUGACUGGAAUAAAAACAGAGUCUGAUGAAAGGAAUGGGUCUGGGACCUUAACAGGGAGCCAUGAUUAUCCAGUUAAGAAGAUGAAAACUACAGAGAAGGGAUUUGGCUUGGUGGCUUAUGCUGCAGAUUCAUCUGACGAAGAGGAGGAACAUGGAGGUCAUAAAAAUGCAAGUAGUUUUCCACAGGGCUGGAGUUUGGGAUAUCAGUACCCUUCAUCACAACCACGAGCUAAACAACAGAUGCCAUUCUGGAUGGCCCCGUAGGACACAGCGGAACAGACUUUUUGACCCUCGGUGACUCUUCUUUAGCAAUAAUGCAUGCAUUUGAUUUAACAAGACUUUGGCCUGUACUGGGAACCAUCGUGGACCUUUGCAGAAGUUAGAGGUGCAGUGUCUCCUUCCUUAAAAGGGUUUCAUUCUUUUUAAAAUGUCUUCUUUUCUUCAGUGGCAUAGCAUCUGUUAAAAUUUACAUGGGAUCACAAAUUUGUCUCAGAAGCUUUUUUAUUUAACACUCAGUGAAAUGUGCUGUUCUACACAGCAUCCCAUUGGGGUCAUUCCUGUAUACAUUUGACCUGGUCUGGCCUUUCCAAAUGAGUAACCCCUAUUCCGAUGUAGACAGUUUUAUUUGUAUUUUACAACUGUUUGGUCAAUUUUGAUAAUAACUUGUUACAAACCAAGCCUUACUAUUUAUUAGUAGGGAAAUGAUUUUAAGACCAUCUUUUCCUUUCAGUACUAAAUCUACAAAUUCCCCACUCCUAUUCCAUUUUUGGGUUCUUUCUGUUUUGGCAAGUGCGGAUUCACGAGUUUAAAAUUGUCAGGUAUAACUGGAUCCUGGGGAAGAAAAUGAAGUUUUUUUUUUAUUGUGUCUUUUUUGGGGAAUGAUCCAAAGCUGGCACCUUCAGGCACACUUGUCUCAGAUAGCCAUUGCUGUUUUUAUUGCUCUUCUAAGCUCUUGUCUUCAACUGGGUCAGAAAACUACUUGAUCAAAAGCUGACCAGAAUUUAUCACAGAAAUGAAACAGUGGUCUGUCUCUCUCAGAACUGUUGCAGCUAAAAUAGAGAGACUUGACUGCUCCCAAUAGGAUGGUGGACUUAGUGACUGAAAUUGCAACUUGUCCUUUUUCUUGGCAUUACAGGUUUUACCAAAAGAACUUUUUUGUAUCAAAUAUUGAUGUGUGAAAGUGAAGGAGCUAGUCUGCUGAAUCAGUAGUUUGAGAUACUGAACUGUCAUUUUUGCACAUUUGAAUACUUUGCAGGCUAGCUUUGUAUAAACGUAUCCUCUGGUUUCCUAUAUGUUGUAAAUACUUAGACCAUAAUGUCAUUAUAAAUAAAUGUAUAAAUAUUC